AUGUGGCAGAGAGGCGAGGACCAGGUUGGGGACGAUCUAGUUGGAGUUGUACUGACGGUGCAGAGGCCUGGAGCUUCCUCCUUUUCGAAAAACAAGAACUCAUUAUACUAUUUUUCCGAGCUUUGUUAUAUUAAGCGGCUUAAGUUCUCUAAAAACGCUAGCAUCUGCGGCGCUCCCUCCCCUUUCUCCCCUGCCCAUGAUCAAUGGGUUAGAUUACUGGAGCUUCUCGUCUUUGUUGGUCGGACCUUUAUUGAAGAAAUAGUAUUCGUCAUAAUGCCUCGAAAGUGGAUUACUCCGGAUACAAUCAAAGAAGCGGUGGAACAGAUACUCCCUUAUCUUGAGGAUACGAGCAAUACUGCACACAAGUCCAUCUAUUUUAAUGGCUGGGAUGGUCUGGCUGCUUCGGCGGUGCUUAGAGAAAUUGCUAAAGACCCCCCGCCAUCUCUGUUGAGGAAAUUCAGCAAGAUUAUCCACAUUGAUUGCUCAAGCUGGAAAAGCCGAAGAGCACUCCAAAAGAUAAUCGUUGAAGAACUGAAUCUUCCUUGUCGGGUUAUGAAUAUCCUUGAUAGGCAAGAUAAGGAAGAUGAUUUCAGAGGUGUUGAUGAAGGUUCUCGAGCUGAGAUGCGAGAUGUUGGAGCUGAGAUCUAUGAAGCCCUCCGCGAACACAAAUGUUUAGUGGUUUUCCAUAAUGGGAGUGAGAAUACAAUUGACAUGAACGAUUUUGGCAUUCCUCUAUCAGUAUGGGGUAGUACUCGAGUAUUAUGGACCUUUCGAGGAAGGCUUAGGCUCAACUUAGGCAUUGAAAGAAUGGUGGAUAAUUCACAUCUUUUUCUUGAUAAUCAGCACAGUAAUUACGAGUGGAAUUCUUUGCUGAAAGAAGAGGCUAGAGAAAUUGCAAGGUACACAGAUAUGCCCAGCGAAGCAAUAGUACAGUGCCUCUUGUACCUACUGUCACUAAAUAAUCAGGGAGGCGAUAUAAUGGACUACAACUGGGUCACCCAUGCUUCUAGCUAUGUGGUCUGUGAUGAAAUAAUACAAGGAGGUCAGGCUGACGAAUCAUGGAAGCUUGCAGUUGCUCUCUAUCAACAAAUACACCUGGAGGAUUAUUCAUCUAAUGUACUACCAUAUUUUUGUCAUAAAUUGGAUACUCCCCCAAAACGAUGGAUAUUGACUAGAGACAAUUCUUCUUUGCCUCCAGAGGCAACGUCAUGUUUCCUUGCUGCAGUCACAAGCAUAUCUGAUCCUCCAUUAGGACCAUUACCUGAUGGCAUGUUUCAUCAAUCCGAAAAACUUCGUGUGCUCAAGUUAUGCGGCCGCACUUUUAGUUUUUCUUCACCUCCUUUCCGUUGUUGCCGCAACUUAAGGUUUCUUGGAAUAUACAGCUGCAAGGAUCAAGGAGUAGAAGAAGUUAACAAGCAAAAUAGACCAAAACUGGAUUUUUGUAAGAACCUGUGGGUGCUUGACAUGAACAACACGGACUGGGAAUUGGAUUUAACACCAGAGAUUAUAGAGCAGAUGGCCGCAAACAUUAGGGAGGUACAUAUAAAGAAGGGAAGGUUUUGGCAUAUCAAUUUUGCAUGGAGACAACUACAAAACCUUCAGAAGCUUCGAUUAAUUGAGCCUACAUGUCCAUGGGAGACUGGGGAAAAGGAUGAAUUCACAAAUAUGGUGAAGUUGGAGUUCCUCGACCUGUCUGGGAAUAGUACAAUGCAAGUCAUGCCGAGUUUAUCAGGAGCAACAAUCCUUAAGACUCUCGUUCUAGAUGGUUGUGUUGGGUUGGUUCAUGUUGGCCCCGAAGGACUACCUCCAUUACUUGAAACAUUCAGCUUAGAUGCGGGACCAAUAGUUGAUCAAAGUAAGGGAGCUAAAAUCUCUCGUAUCUCCUUGGCUAGUUGUGCAAGAUUGGUGGAGUUCAGGUUGUGUGGAGCCCUUCUAAAUCUUGAGGAGAUAGAUCUAUCUGGCACAAUGGUCAAAACACUUGUGCUCAAAGAUGAUGUGGUCCUGGCCCCAAGUCUCCAAAAAAUCAUUCUAUUGGGAUGUUUGCAGCUCCAUGCCAUUCUAUGGCCAAAAAAUGGUUUGUCAAAACUCAAUGUGUUACAAAUUCAGUCUUUGGUGUGCUAUGUCCGAAUAGAGCUUCAACAAACAUACGCUACUGUAAUGGACAAAAGAGUUGAAGAAGAAAGUUAUAAGAAGGAGAAGACUGGCCCUGGCAGCAGCAGGCAAAUAUGUCCGCCUCAACCCAUAUCAUUAAUCUCCAGUACAUAUAGCACCUACAUUGAAGUUGAUAUUGAUAACAUAGCUAUUUAUCAUCACCUCAACAAAAGUGCACCUCAGUUUCAGCCAUUGGGCUACCAUGUGCAGAUUGGUGAGGGAAUUAGCAGCACUAGAUUGGAUACCCUGCAAGGAAUGAAGACUAUCAUCUUUGUGAUGGGAAAGGCAGAGUCGAUGCAUGUUCACGACAAUUCUUUCAUCACCACCACCGUCCCUGAAGACACACUCACCAUGGAAGAGACGAAGCUUGAUUGGAAAUAUUUGAAACAGUGUCAUGUUGCGAGAUGCCCGAAGAUGCAGACAGUCUUCAUCACUAACUAUGGUAUUAUUUGCUUUCAUGAAAUUGAGACCUUUCGGGCUGAUGAUCUACUGAUGGUACAAUGCAUUUGGAGCAAUGGAAAGAUAAGUAGUCAUAGAGACACUUAUUCAUUCGCGAAACUGCAGAGUAUACAUCUAUACUCCUGCCCGAGGCUCAGAUUUGUUCUUCCAUUAUCGUGGAAUGCUCCAGGCUCAUAUUUUCCCAACUUAGAGACCCUCCACAUCAUUAAUUGUGGGGAUAUGAAGGAUGUGUUCCCCGUGGAGCCAAUGUUUCUGACAAUGAUAGCAGCUGACCAGAGAAAAGGCAUAUUGGAAUUCCCAAAGUUGAAGCACAUCUACAUGCAUGAGCUUCAUAGGCUGCAACAUAUAUGUGAAGCCAAUAUUUUUGCUCCUAAGCUUGAAACCUUCAGGCUCAGGGGCUGCUGGGGUCUCAGGCGCCUCCCAUCUGUUGCGCAAGAUAGCCAACCCGUCGUGGACUGCGAGAAGAACUGGUGGGAGAAGCUGGAGUGGGACGGAAUGGAGGCCGGCCACGACCCUUCCCUCUUCAAGCCGCACCACUCUUCACACUACAAGAAGCCCCUGCCUAGAGUCUCGGUGCUCCUUUGA